AUGCCUAAAAAACGCGCAUAUAUCGUUACCGACUGGGUAAAAGGACAAAUCCGGCAAAAAUUCCUGCAGACAGGACAGCGGCUGCCCACCGAAGCCGAACUGGAAAAGCGGCUCAACAUAUCGCGUAACGCUGUGCGCAACGGUCUGAGCCAACUGGCCCAGCAAGGCUGGCUCACCUAUCAGAAAAAUCUCGGCUAUUUUGUUUCUGAAGCUGCGAAACCGUUGCUGGACAGAGAUGGCCCCGCAGCAAGCUCCCUGAAUAUUGGUCUGCUGUGUUUUUUCCCCGGUCAUUAUAUCUUCCCGGAAAUUAUCGCGGGGGUUACGGCAACCAUUGACAACCCUGAAUACAAUAUCAUCAUUAAACAGAGCGAGUAUCAGGUAGAACAGGAGUCUCUUGCUCUGGAAAGCUUUUUGCAACAGGGUAUUAUCGGUCUGAUCGCCGAGCCGGUUGUGGAUGACGAGCGGGCACCCAACCUGGAGCUGUACCAGCAGCUCGCCCAAAGUGGCAUUCCCAUCAUCUUUAUUGACGCUUCUGUACCCCAGCUGCGCUCCAGCUCCAUUCUGUGCCACGAUUUGCAGUCCGGGAGAACGGCCGCAGAGACUCUGCUCCAGCUCGGUUACCGCCAGUUUGUCCUGUUUUACCAGGAUCACUACCUGGCGAAAACCAGGCGUAUUCAGGGUGCCAGGGCUGCAUUCCGGCAAUACCGGGAUGUCCAGUUUGUCGAACUGGUCUUUCAAGGCCAGGGCCAGCACAGCAACACCUGCCAGCAAUGUGAAGCGUUCUUUGCCAGAACCCUUCGGCACACUGGCAGGCCGAUGGCAUGGAUCUGCUCUAAUGAUGAGGAAGCUGCCAUUGUUAUCAGCGUGGCAGAACAUUAUGGCUGGGAACUGCAUCGCCACUACGAGCUGAUUGCCUUUGACAACUCGCAGUUAUCCCGGCUGCUCCAUGGCGGCUUCAGCAGUUUUACCCAUCCCGGGAAACUGAUGGGGCGCAUGGCAGCCCGUCAUUUACUUGAUCAACUGACAGAGCCCAUCAAAAACCGGCACUGUGCCCAGGUCCUGGUAGAACCCAAUUUUAUUCAGAGGAAUCUCGCUGAUUAUAUGGAGCUCAAGAACAGGCUGGAAGUAAAACAGAAAGAAAAAGAAUCAUCCAGUAACACAGAUUGA